GAUUAGCAAUGGAAGCUUGCGUGUGUGCCUGCUAGACCCAGAACUAGGCAGAAAAAUACCAACGGUCUGUAAUGGCCGAUGAUGAUCUGGACGAACUGUUGGAUGAAGUUGAGAAAAAGUUUUGUCGCAACGUUUCCGUGGCAUGUUCCCCUCGCGCCGACUCGAGUGAGGCUAUAAAAUGCGGUAAAGGCAAAGAUGAACGAAGAAAACACAGUGCUACAAAACCUGAGCAGCCGAUAAGCAGCAUCUCAGAGGAUAUUGAUGCCCUGCUGGAAGAAUUACUUGAGGAUGAUUACAGCGAUUCCCCCCAGUCAAAGACUGAAAAGUUUUCUAAAGAAGCAGAAGGUGAGAAGAAGCUCUCAUUUCAGUCUGGAGGAAGAAAGUGCUGUCCUGUUUUUGUUGGCGGGAGUUCAGUCACAUAUGGCGUUGGAACAGCCACAUCCAAGAGGUCAUGCGACCACCUGAGAUGUAUAUCUUGUGACUUCCGGGUGCUGACGUUUGAUGAUUAUGAGUGGGAUGCGUCCUGUGAUUACCUGUUCUUCAGGAACAACAUGCCAGACCGGCAGAAGCUCAGGACCAAGCUGAAGAAGAGGAGAGGAUUGCGGGCGUACGCCUGCCAGUGUAGCUGGUUGUCCACAUUAGAGCCAGCUCACCUCAAGGAUCGACCUCAGCUCAGAUGGGUCUGUGGCAAACAUCAGGACUGAUGUUCAUUCCUCACAACUACCAACACACUCUUCACUGAUGGUUCAAAAGAAAAAUGCUACACUCUUGUUCAUUUUUCUGUUUAGUUUAGGUUGUUUGGGGAUUUUUUUUCCACUUUAAAUCUAACAGAGACAUCCUGAAUACUCAAAUUUUAUUUUUCUGUGGAACACUAAAGCUGAUAGAAAUGGUCCCGAUGCUCACUGAAUGGUUUAAGUAAUUAAACUGUGUUUGGUUUUGGGAUCAACAUGAUGUAUUGUGGAUGAGGCACUCUCCUUCAAUUUCAGAAGAGUGGUGUCCCAUUUAUUUACUAAAGUAUCACAGACUUGUAGAAUUGAUUAUGUGACUGAAGCUGUUCUAAUCGCAUUAUGUGCUUUAGGCUCAUAAGAAGUAAAUAUAACACCCGACAUCAUACAUUAUUUUGUGAACCGAAAGUGAUCAUAUUUGGACACUAUAGUGGAGCUGGAAAGUGAUAAAUGAGACUAAAUGUUUAUGAGAGAGACUUAAUGGCUGACAUUUUGCUGGGAAGUUGUUUUUUUUCUUGUCUUUUCCUUAGUACUCUUUGCGAUGUGUGUAUUUUUGAUUGAUAACUGGUCUAAUAACCCUGCUUCUGUGUAUAUCAUGUCAUGAUAGCUUUAAGUUUUAUAGUUGAAGUGCACAGUUUCACAUUCAUCAAAAACAAUUUAAUAUAAAGUGUCGUCUGUAAAGUGUCAUCAGCUUAAACAGGCGGGGCUGUCAGAAGCAGCAGGGUGUCAGGAAGAAAACAUUUGCAUACUGAGACAGAAUGAGGAUUCGGGUGGGAUAUGUAUGUCAAUAUUUUAUCCUAACUGUUAUCUUCUUUAUCUCAGUGAACUAGAGGAUCUGAGGGAAACUCGUUUCAAUUCAGUCUACAGCUCUGUGUUUGUCAGAUUACUUAGUCACAAGCCUCUUUCACAUAUUGGAUUCGCCUUCACAGUAGAAAAAGAUUUCUUCAUUAACUUGCCUCUGUGUCGUCUUGAAGUUCACACAUGCCAAACAAAGACGGGUCAGUCCGGCAUCACUGUCCUGACACACAUCGAGUUGCUGCAUCAGCUAAGUGACGCAGCACUGUUGGUUAGAGCGGCGAAAUCUGCGAUGCCAUCUUGGUGUGUGUAAGCACACAGAAGAGGAGGCUCUUAUGCUUCUGUUACAGUCUCUUUUGCUGGCUCAAAGAUGCAUCAGUGGUAGAUCAACUUUGACUCUUUGUUCUGCCUCUUUACUUUCACACAUGGCACAUAUGCAUGCAGGUGCAUCAGUUCUGGCUUAAGAAGGCAUAAAAACCACUUGUAUUUUCUCAGCUUUGUUUCAGCUCCUCAUUGUCUGUCACUUAGAUCACUUUAAAAUUUGUCUUAUCUCAAACAAAAUAUUUUUAUCCCUCAUAUUUCUAAACUAAGUGCCACUUCAAGGCCUCUGAAGCUCCAAAAUCCUGGUGCAGUCAGUUUGGCUUCAGAAAACAAAUAGCAGUAUCAUUUUGAAAGAAAAAAAGUAGUCAGAGAUUAAACCUUGUGUUUACUCUUCUUGUUUUGUUUGUUGUUUCUAACAGCUGUUAACAGAAUAAUGGGACUUUUAAGCUGCUAAAUGCUCUAGUCUGUUCACCAUUUUUUCACUUCCUGCAUCUAUUUGAUGCCUGAUGAUGAGGCAGGUGGUCUGCUGUGGCUUUCUGAAGGUUUUUGUCUGAAAACAGCUGCACACAGAGGCUGAAAACAACACCACCAGAGCAGUGAGCGUAAAGUCGAAACACUAGAUAAACAGACAAUAUCAAUCAGUCCUACAUCCUAUAAAUCUGCGCAAAAGCUGAGCCGAGCAGCAUAUUCAGCAGUUAAUAAUCAGCUAAUUAAUUAUCAUCAAUUAUACAAUAUUCAUGGUGACAUAAUUCCGAUCUAUUUAGAAAACAAAACAUUAGAUGUUCUUGUUACUUGUCUAUGUAUGUAUCAUUGUACAGUUUGUCAAUCAGUUAUGCAUAAAAUAAAUAAUACCUGCAGUCUGAAAUGAAAACUUUUAUGUUUCUAAGCUGUACUUGUUUUAUAAACCAGCAAAAUUCUAAUAUUUAUUCAGUGUUGUAUGUCUUCAUGUUUUACUUUGAUUAAUGUCUCAUAUGCAGAUAUCAUCAGUAGUUUGCGUGGUAAUUGCAUUAAAUCAUUUACUAGCUCCCAA